CCCUAGCACAAAAUCCUCACUUGUGAAUAGUUGAUCCAUAAGUUUCAACCCUAAAAUCUCAGAAUUUAUCAUCAAAAUUCCAUCUUUUCCCCCAAAACUGAAAACCUUGGCAAUCCUCGAUCGUCGAGAGCAAUGGCGAGCAUGCCUAAAGCUCAGAUGAGCACCGUCUCGCGCCACUACUUUGGGGGUGAAUCAUCAGAAGAUAAUCACUCUUUCUACAUCGACAUCAUUGAGAUCAUGCAAGAGGAUUAUGGAUUGUAUGUCUGGCCUUGCAGUGUCAUUCUUGCUGAGUAUGUCUGGCAACAAAGACUGCGUUUUUCUGGUGUCUCUGUGGUUGAGCUGGGAGCUGGGACUUCUUUGCCUGGAUUGGUAGCUGCAAAAGUUGGAGCAAAUGUUAUACUGACAGACAACUCACAUAGGAUUGAGGUGCUGGAGAACAUGGAAAAGAUAUGCAAACUGAAUAAGCUCGACUGUAGAAUACUAGGUCUUGCUUGGGGAGAAUGGGGUGCGCCUCUUUUUGAUUUGCAUCCUCAAGUUAUCCUCGGCGCUGAUGUAUUAUACGAGAAUACCGAUUUUGAUGAUCUCUUCGCGACGGUCACUUUUCUUUUGCAAAACUCUCCCGGAUCAGUAUUCAUUACAACUUAUCACAACCGAAGCGGCCAUCAUCUCAUUGAGUUCUUAAUGGCAAAAUGGGGACUCCGAUGCUCAAAACUCAUCGAUGGUUUCUCUUUUGUGCCACAAGUAAAGGUGUCAUCCUUGCAGGGAAACAUUCAACUUGUCGAAAUUAUGCUAAAUGACCAACAAACCAAAUUGUAACACUUAUUUACCAUCAGGUUUGUGCAUCUAGCAUCCAAACUUUCCAAUUCCCUUAACAAUUAUCGAUCUGCAACAGAUGCAGUUGCAAUGCAGAUGAUUUGUUUAUGCUCUUGGUUUUGGUACGGCACGAGGAAUUCUUGUGUGUCAAUGCUAGUUCUUAUUGCUUUGUCGGCCAUUGUUUUUAUUUCCUUUGGCAGCAAUGUGGUGUUCACCAGCUCGGUGAAUUGGUUCACGUUUUGUUCGUCGUUCUCUUGACUACAAGAACUGUAAAACAAUAUCCAGAAUUUUUUUUUUCAGCAAAUUGGUUCUGUAUCAAUGUGAUUCUGUUAGCAAAUGUACAAUUAUAUCCAUGAAUCAGUGAGUCUGAUAUGGUA